GUUCACGUCGACGUCGACAAUAUCCAGGAUACUCGAAGGGCCACGAUGUCGCAGGACUGGUAAGGGCCAUUCCGUUGCCCUAUGGUAGCAAUUCGGCCGAAACUUGUAUCGCGUUAUAAUGGUCUCGCCAAUCAACUAUGCUCAAGCCGUUUUUGUCGUGCACAACUCUGUGUGUCCCGUGAAAAUCCAGGGCAGUGUUGGCAUAUCCAGAAAACAUUGUCUAGCGGGUUCUUGUUAUGACACUGGGUUUUCAAAGUUCGUGAUGCCUUUCCAGAAUACCAUGUCAUCGUGGUAGGACAGUCCUUCGACCAAAGAGUUACUAAGAAGAGGCGCCAGAAUCUGACCAGAUGUGAUCAGACUACCAGAGCGAAUGACAGGUAAUCCAAAACUAAAUAGAUUUUGGCACAAGGAAGAAAAUAGAAUGCUGACCAACGUAGUAACUAAACAAACAAAGAGACUUGGGAGGCAAAAGUGAGCAAGUAAUCGUCUUUGGUGUAUCUUUCUUCUGAGCGCGCAUGCAAAUCAAGGGACUUUCAAUUACACGUGAUAUUCCAUGUAAUUACCAUGGCCCUCCGGGGUAGUCUGACAUGGACUCAAUAGGUGCAUGGUUGAAUCUGUAUACAGUCAAACUCAAAGUUCUGUCGAAACAAAAGAUUCUAUUAUCAAAAUGGAAAUCUGGAUUAUUGGGUCCAGUGAUAGAUAGGUGGAUAGCAUCACUGCACUUGGUUAGCAAUUACCAGCAGAUGUCUUUAGGACGCCAUCUCGUUGUCCAUGGCCGAACAUGGUCCCCAUUGUCCGCAUUUACAUUUAGGAAUGGUCGAUGAUCGCUCUUCUUUUUUAUCUCCUCUGCAAUCCACUGUCAGCCGCCCCUACAAGAACUGUUACAAUCAUGUUAGAUACCACCAUUCAAUCGUUCGAAGGCGCAUGUCAUACUGCGAUCUGUUGAUAUUGUGGAUUUCCACGUUUUCAAACCAUUC